AAGCGUAGCCGGAUUUUCUUGUUCGGUUGAUUCUUUGAGAGACAGCUGUUUAGAGAAACGUUAAACGUAUAGCUAACUUUGGCCAGUGGUUUUACCUGUUCGGAGACAUAUUUUUAUUUGUAAAUCGGUCUAUGGCUCAACACAAACUUUUUCAGUAAGUUGUCAGCUUUUAAAGGGAUGAAAAGGCUCAAAAAUAAGAAACAAAAGGCAGGAGUUGAGGUGAAUGGGAAUGGAUCUGUCACAAGAGAGCCAGAUUGUGGGAGGAAACAAAAGUUAUCUGAGAUCAAUCAGGCUUUGAUCAGUGAUCCAGUGGACAUUGAGACCCUGAGGAGAGCAGCAGCCAGUAAGGGAGGGCUGCUCACUGAUGAGCUGAGGAGGAAAGUCUGGCCCAAACUGCUGAACAUCAAUGUGUAUGAUCUGCCACAUAAACCUGGUCGAGAUGUGAGGGAGAACCACAAGGACUUCAACCAAGUAGUCCUUGAUGUCACGAGGUCUAUGAAGCGGUUCCCUAAAGGUAUGCCAGCCUCAGAGAGAGCUGUGCUUCAGGAGCAGAUGACUGACAUCAUACUGGAGGUUUUGAAACGCACCCCUCAGCUCCAUUACUACCAGGGCUACCAUGAUGUAGCGGUCACUCUGCUGUUGGUCGUUGGGGAGCGGAUGACCAUCGCCAUGCUGGACACUCUGUCCAAUCACCAUCUCAGGGAUUUCAUGGAUCCUACCAUGGACAGCACUAAACACAUUUUAAACUACCUGAUGCCUAUAUUGGAACAAGUUGAUAGAGAACUACAUGACUUCAUGAUCAGAGCGGAGGUGGGAACCAUCUUCGCCCUGUCCUGGCUCAUCACAUGGUACGGCCAUGUGCUGUCAGACUUCAAACACACCAUGAGACUCUACGACUUCUUCCUGGCUUCACACCCUCUGAUGCCCAUCUACCUCGCUGCUACAAUUGUGUUACACAGAGAGAAGGAGGUGAAGAAGACUGAGUGCGACAUGGCCAUGGUCCACCACCUCCUCUCCCGCAUCCCCCAGGACCUCCCAUAUGAACUUCUGAUUGGCCAGGCCCAGGACCUGUUCGACCAGUACCCUCCAUCCCUACUGGCCAAGCGCGCAGCACUGCAGCCUCGCAAGAGUCUUUCCAUCAGCACCUUCCAGGCGUUUCAGCUUGCCACCCUCCACCAGAGGCCUGACACUGUUCUCCAACGCCUCACCAAGGCCCAGGGCUCCAGCACCUCCAGACAAGCCCCUCGACAAUCAGGUCUGGAAGCAGCUUUGCCCCAAGAGCAAGGCCGGCUAUGGGGGAAGGGGAACAGGAUGGUGAAGAUGGCAGUGUGGGGGCUGUCCGCUACGCUCGGGGCAGCCGUGUUCGCUGUUGCUCAGACAGCUAUGGACUGGGGACCCGAGGUGUUACUACAACUCUUCUGAGGUGGUGGUGGGGAUUCAGACUGUUAGACACACAGUGACACAUGUUGACAGUAGACACACAUCUGCUCUUCAGAAGGAUUAACAAUGAACAAACAAACAAACACAUGCAAAGACGUUGAAGACUCAAAGCUUUUUUCUCCUGCUGAGAGGAAACAGGAGAGGUCAGUUAUCCUGGUGCCAAACAGGUUGUUGCUAUUCAACCACAAUGAACAUAUGUUAGCAACUAGCUAGCCUUGGGAUGUGUGUGAGCAGGUAGGUUGUGUGAGAUAUGUUUGAGUAUCUCAUACCUCAUCCUGCAUGUGAGCUUGCAUGCAUGACUUAGCGAGCCUACUGGGCCUCUUGACCUCUUGGGACAGAGCCUCUGUUUCAGGUGACUGUUUUUAAAAAUAUCAAUCAAAAGAUCAAAAAGACACAGAAAGCAAUACCCAAAACCAAAAUACAAUGCAGCACACCUAAAGAGACAGAGAAACAUAACAAAUAGAAGUUAGUUGACCACCGAAAGACCCAAAACAAUUAUAUGAAGAAACAAAACUUGUAAAUAUCCACAAAAACUACAAAGUAAGACAACCACAGAGAGACAUAAAAUGCUGUCAAAACCACUGCUCACGUUCCUUUCAUGCAUGUGAGACCCUUACACUGAAUUGUUGGUGUGUCAUGUCUGUGCAUUUGUUGAUUAUUUUUGCUGACUCAUUUUUAGGCGUUCAUGCCUGUUUCCUUACAUUUCUGUUGAUCGUGUUUAAGUGCGCUUUUUGGAUCUGCAGCCAUAUCUGAAAAGCGCCCAUAGCCAGCACGAUGACACAUGAAUACAAAUUAUUAAAGAGUGGGGUUUUCUGCUGAAAGCUUCCAGUUAUGAGCAAAAGAGGAGAGCAGGAGAGAAAAGGCAAAAGGUGGAGGGAGAGAUUUUUCCUGUGAGCCACUAGUAUUAAUCGCUUUACUGCGGGUUUCAACAUAUUACAUUUAGAGUUUGACACAAAAACGAGUUGUUGCUGCCUUUAAAAUGUGAACAUUGCACAAUGUUAGCACGCUGCACCCAAUGCAAGCAGUUGGCCUUUGGUUGUGUUGUUAAGGGGAAGACACAAGUACUUUUACAUUCUUGAAAUAUUUAUCAGGUUUGCAGCAACAUCCACCCUGAGCAGCCUUCAACAGAACAUCAGAUUUAUCUUAAGCAUUUUACCGCUACUGCAAUUAAUUGCCCAAAUGUAGGAAGAAAUGUCUUUUUUAUUUUCCUUUAUGUAAAAGAAGUUAACAGCCUGCAUUGCACACCAUGUAGAUAUUGUUGGAUUAAACAACUCUUGAGAGUUCCAGCACCCGAAAAGUAAAUAUUAAUUAAUAAUACAGGCUUUCCGACUGAGUUGCAUACAUAUGUACAGGGCACGGGGGCUCUCCAAACAGCAAUGCAUGCUCUGUGUCGACUUAUGUUCUGAAAUAUUUAUCCGGUUUUGCUAGCAUGUUGCCGAGUUGCAUCUGUUAACACAACUUCACCAGGUCUCAACGCACGUACUCCUCCUCUUUUUCCAACAUCAGAUAUAAGUGCGUGCUAUCUUUGCACAGUCGGAUUUCAUGUGAAGUUUACCCUGUUGAUUAUUGUUGCUCUGUAGCACAUUACUUCAACUGGUGUGUGCUAUGUUGUGAAUGAAAUUACAGUAGAAAUAGAGAAAAUUACAUUUGUAGCCUCCUUACUAGGAUUACAGAGAUCAGUUGAACACAAACCAAUCAAUCUAUCACACCAUUAAGUUGUGAUUUUAUUAAAAAGUCAAUAAAAAAAUCAAUAAACUCAGGUAGUCUGCUGGUCUUUAAGCCGGUUAGGGUUCAGACACCUAGUCAGUCGGUGUGAUGUGGUGCUUGUUGGGUUAGUAGUAGUAGGGUAGUAUCUGCAUGUUCCUCUCAUCAGUCUGACAAGCUAUGUGAUGUAAAACAUCAUGUGUGCGUGGUCGGAUGAUUAAAUGCAAGGUAAGUGUGUGUGUGUGUGUGUGUGUAAGGGAGAGAGAGGGAGAGACAUGAAGCUUGAGGUCAGUUCCAUUUUCUUUUCUGAUUUAAAUUGCUGGGCAUCUUCUGUGCUUUUUUUGUAUUGUUUGGUUCCCAUAGUAUUUCAAUAUAAACUGUAAACAGUUUAACUAUUUAUUUUAAGAGCAACAAUUUGAAUGGCUUUUUAUGUAAUGGUAUAAAUUAUUUGAUUAUUAUUGUUUGUAAUCAGCAAAUCAUGUAAAGGGUUUAUAUUUUUAAAUUUGAUCCAAGUUGUUUUAAAUACUGUAUCUGGUCCGUCAUUUAAUUAAUAAAGAUUUUGCAUCUACUGUGCAUGGUUUGACAUUGCUAUAAAACUUGUUCUAUUGUGCUUUUUAGAGUUUUCCCUUGCCUGUAGUGUGUAAUAUAGGUUUUUGUGAAUGUAAAAGGUCUGCAAAGGCUAACCAGAGGCUUCCAGAGCGAGUUUCUCUCCCACACCUCCUUUAGUGACAUCACUAUGUAACACACACUUUUAUUGCCUAGCAAUCCAUCACAUUAUAUGUGAUAGGCUGCUUUCAGAUAGAGGGUGAAAAGAGGUGCUGAGGCACAGGAAGUAUGAGAAAAAUAAAGCACUUUUUGAACAUUAAAGCAUGUAAGCAUUUCACAGAAGAGGCACAAAAUACAAAUAUUAACCUGAAAAUGAGCAUAACAGGGCCCCUUUAAUUAAAACAAGGCAAUUAUUGCAUGUUAUCUUUGCUUACACUUGCUUCGUUUCCUAAAACAUAAAUAUGCAGGGAAAAAACCUUCCUGUUUGGGAACUUCAAAUUAAAAUUCAAGAUGCUAUUGCGCGGUUGUGUUAUUAGUGAUCAUGUACACCUGCACACACAUACAGUGCUCAUACACAAACUCAUAAGAGGAAGAGAGCGUUGGUGGUGCCAGAUCAUAAUGAGUAUUUAAUUCUUGCCCCUGGCUCUUGGCUCGCUUGAGACGCUUUCUCCUUGUAUUUUUUUCUUCCCACAUUCACACUCACACACCUAAACCAACACCUGCACUGGUCUCAGUCUGGCAGAGGCUUUAGAUGAAAAAUGAUUGAAGCAUGUUUCUUUGAAGUAAAAUCAACCGAGAUGUAAAAGAAAGAAGAUGGAUGCUGUCCAUCCCCAUGUCUAAAGUUGACAGAACGAAAUAAGUGUAUUUUUAUGUUCAGGGGCUUAAAAGUAUUAGAACACUAUGUGAAAAUAGAGCAUAGGAAAUAGAAGAUACAUUAUUUCAUUUGACUGUAGGGAAAUGACUUACUUUUAUAAGCCCUGCUGAAUUAUUUCACAUUUAAUCAAUGCUUUUUAUUCUCACUUUUUAUCAGCCCACAUCUGCAAAGAUUGUGAGGCUUUGUUGCACUCCACCUAGCCAUCCAUGCUGUUACAUCUACUGUAUUUGGCAAAUGAAACAACAAAAUCCAAUAGAUGAUUAAUUCCUGAGAAGUUUUAACAAGUAUCUGAACAGUUUCAAUGUUGAAUAUGAAAUAAAUGUUACAUCUUUUGAAAACACAGACAUUUUAAUACAUUUUGCUGCAAUUAAAACAUAUAUUAAAAAUAAUGAAAAAUAACUUAAAAUUAGAAAUAACGGGAAUAGGACUUAUUUCAGUAACUGGAUGCAGUGGAUGUGAUUUGACAGCUACUAAUUCAAAUAAAAAAACACACUACUUGUAAAACAGAAUAACUUAACUGCCAUGCCAAAUUAUGAGUUCACUGUGGUGUGAUGAAUAAACUGAAGUUGAACUCCCAGAGAGUCAUCAUGUCGAGCUUCUCUUGACCUCUCUGUCCUACCCUCAGAUCCAAACAUCUCCCAAAAGACUUUAUAGUACCAAAUGCCUUUACAGAUAUUAUUGUAAGCCCUUAAUUUGUUUUUGUAUGACAUUUUUGGGCAUUUUAAUGCAUGUGUCUGAUAUCAUGGGCAACAAACAUGUUGAACAAACAUCAGGGUCUCUGCACAUUGUAGUUAUACUGUGGUUGAAAUGAGUGUUCGACAUUGAGCUGAUUUCUGUAUGUGAGCUUUAAGAGUGAAUAGGUAAUAAAGAUAACACAACGAUUACAA